GCCGAAUAAUCGCACAUUCGCUGGGAAGAGAAGCGUGGGGAAAAACGCUUCUUGAUGUGUUUCAAGAUCAUCGACUGUUCCGACUUUGUGAUGGCUCCGUUCUCUCCCGUCCUGUGGUGAACACGAUGAUGGCUUAGGCGCACCUCGUGGCUCGCACGUGUGAUGCAGAUGAAUCCUGUGUUCCCGGAAGGGAAGGCAUUGUUUAUUGCCAUGAUGAUACGGAGCUGGCGGAAGAAUAUGAGCAGCAUUCCGAGAUCAGCUUAUCUUCUUUUUCAUCCCCGACAACAUGACAGCGUCGCACGUCCUACUUCAGUUCAGCGCAGACCCAUGGAAUGCGAGAUUCGAAGACUCGGAAAGACGCAAGGCAUUUACAGUGAUCAUGGUUGAAGAAGACCCCAACCUGAUAAUGAGACUCACGCUAGAGGAUGAAUGGUCCAAACAACACAACGACAUUAUGGGGCCCAAUAGGUCAUACUUCUACUUUGGUCCCUCUCGGGCUCCUGGAUUUCUGGUCUAUGGCAAUGGCUCACCGCUAUCUAUGGACAAAGUGCUUCGUCGAAAGAAAGAGGCCAGUAGCUCCCGCUAUUUCACCGCACAGAACGGCAGAGAACUUAAAUGGAAAAUUGCACCCGAGAGGUAUGAGUGUGUAGAUAGCAAGGGAACCACUGUGGCGCUAUGGGAGAGGAGCCGACUACAAGACGAAUUCCACGCACGUUUGACCGUAACGCAGUCGGGACUUUCUAUAAUUACAGAACUAUUGACAACCCUGACUCUGAAUCGCAUUGCGUCCAUAAUGAACUGGUGAAGAGCCACCACGCAUUGUCCUCGUGUCCCCAGCAUAGAUGAUGGAUUGUGCAAC